AUGAGUUGGCGUAAAAAAAAGCAUGAAAGACACGACAAGACGCAAUCAACCUUUCUCCUAAUGUCAACUCUGAAGGAGCGCAAGGAGAACUUUGUUGCAGAUUUAAGUGGUGGAACAAUUUCGGAGAUAAAUUUAGUAACUUCAAUUGCUCUAGUUUCAUAUUUUUGUUGGCACCUUUUAUCAAUUGGAAAUGAUGUCCCUUUGCUAGUUGAUUUUGCAUUGAAUUGGAUUUGCUUAUUACUGUCUAUAACAAUUUAUUCUGAUAAUGUGACACUACUGUACUCAUUGAUCAUUUUCCCAACAGUGAUGGCAUUUUUAAUCACAAAAUCCAAAUCGUCACAUUCAAGAAAAGUGCAUAAUCUAACGAAGAAGUACACUCAGGAUGAAAGAUUUCAACUGGUUAAGAGGCCAUUCAUAACUGCAUAUCGUGGUGGGAUGUUAAUCGUGACAGUUUUGGCAAUUUUGGCUGUCGAUUUUCGGGUUUUUCCUCGUAGGUUUGCAAAGGUGGAAACUUGGGGAACUUCAAUGAUGGAUCUUGGGGUUGGAUCAUUUGUGUUCAGCAACGGUAUAGUUUCUUCGAGGGUUAUUCUCAAGCACAAACUAUUUCCUAAGUCUAAACCAAGCCUGAAAAAGAGAUCAUUUGACGCUUUGAGGGCGGGUGGAACAUUGCUACUGAUUGGCUUGUUAAGGCUAUAUUUUGUCAAAAAUCUAGAGUAUCAAGAGCAUGUAACCGAAUAUGGCGUUCAUUGGAAUUUUUUCAUUACUUUAGCUUUUUUACCUCCGGUACUAGUGUUUUUGGACCCAAUAGCAGAAAGAGUUCCCAGAUGUUUGAUCGCUCUUGUUAUUUCACUGCUUUAUGAAACUAUUUUGGUCUGUAACGAAAAGGCUCUAAAGUUUUUAAUAAUGGCACCUCGUAAUACUUUUUUCAGUUCAAAUAGAGAAGGUAUUGCCUCCUUCCUGGGGUAUUGCUCGAUCUUCCUAAUUGGACAAAGUACCGGCUUUUAUUGCUUAGGAAAUGUGCCUACGAAGAACAAUUUGUACAAAGCAUCUAUUCAAAUGGUAUACAUAAAAAAACGAAAGGUAUUUGCUAGCUUUUGGGAUAGAAUUACAACAGUCUCGCCGUCCAUCGGACUACUAAUCUGGACCAUUUUUGUCACUGUUCUAGCUCAAAUCGUGUUCUCAUUCCAUCCAUACGAUGUUUCCAGAAGAUUUGCAAACUUACCUUACGUUAUCUGGGUUUGUGCGUACAAUUUAGGGUUUCUAUUCAUUUACUCGCUUAUCGAUGCUACCUUUGGGACGAAUAUAAAGGGCUACAAAGUGCCAUUGACUCUAGAAGCAUUCAACAGUAAUGGGUUGAUCAUGUUCUUGCUUGCUAAUGUCUCAACGGGUCUCAUUAACAUGUGUUUUUCAACAAUAGAUGCCUCAAAAAAACAAUCCGUCAUAGCUUUACUCGCAUACGCUGCAUUCUUGGCAAUUGUUUCGUUGUGCCUUUACCAGAAAGGUAUAUUCAUUAAACUGUAA